CGCCCCCGGCACGGGCCCGCCGCAGCCCCUCUGGCCCCGGGACCCCGCCGGGCGCUCCUCAGGCACUGCCCCGCCUGUCUGAGGGAGCCCCGUUCUCUCCAUUUGGGAGGCUCCCGCCGCUCGGGAGAAGCGGCGUGUGGGACAUGCCAUACCGCUCCCCUGGCGUCCCGGCUGCGGGGUGUGACCCAAGCCUGGCGGGAAGCUCCCAGGUGUUGGUCAUGGCAGGAUUUCCCUGCGGAGCAUCCCGGCGUGUCUAUCGAACGUACACCCCUCUUCAGAAACAGUUUCAUAACUAUGUAAUUUAAAAUACAAAGUUUGAGAGUGAGCCAGUUCUGCAAGUCAAAGACGCUGGGAGAAGGAAAAAGCAAGAUGAAUGCAUCUGGAGGAAGCUGUGGCAGCCCUAGUUCUGCAGAACCUACAGGAGAUUUCUUCAAAGAACUGUGGUCCAAACUGAAGGAAUGUCAUGAUAAAGAAGUACAAGGCUUACAGCUGAAAAUAUCUAAGUUGAAAAAGGAAAGAUGCUUGGAUGCAGAGAGGCUUGAAGAGUUCUAUACCAAGAACCAACAGCUCAGAGAACAGCAAAAAGCACUUCAUGACACCAUCAAGGUUUUAGAAGACAGAUUAAGAGCGGGGUUAUGUGAUCGCUGUGCUGUAACCGAAGAACAUAUGAGAAAGAAGCAGCAAGAGUUUGAAAAUAUCCGGCAGCAGAAUCUCAAACUUAUAACUGAGCUUAUGAAUGAAAAAAACAACUUACAGGAUGAGAAUAAAAAGUUAACUGAACAGUUCCAGCAAUUACAGAAGGAGCUAGAGAUGCAAAAGCAGCAAGCUGUGGAGGCAGAAGAAGUUAUUCCAGAUUCUCCAGUUCUAACAUCUUCAUUUUCUGUGGUUAAUCGUAUGAGAAGAAAAAAAGAGAAUAGGCAUGUCCGAUAUACGGAACAUACACCCCCAGAUUUGGAACUUAGGGAAAGCAACAGUGUGUUUGGAAAAAUUCCACUCUUUUCCACACAAGUGAGCACUCACCAUGGAGGAGAGAUACUAGUGACAGACACUUGUGAUCCACAACUGUCCCCUGUGCCAAAUAAACCAAGAGUGGGAGCAUACCCUCUUCCAAAGCCAUCUUUUAACUUGGCUGCAGUUGUUGCAGAAACAAUUGGACUUGGUGUUGAAGAGGAAUCUGAGUCCCAGAGUGUACUGAAUCUUCCCCUCACUAAUACAGUUACGAGCCAGGCCUCAGAGAGCAUGCAGUGUGAAGACUCAAGAAAACAUCCAACUUCUGAAUCAAAAAAUGAUGACAACGCUUUAGGUAUUUCAGAUCCAUCUCAUAAUACUCCACCACAUGAUGACUGGGAUUCUCGGGUAGCUUCUCCUGUUUUUGGAGCUUCUAGCAGCAUGAAGAACAACUCAAGUACAGUUCAUGCUCCUUGUAUUUUAGAUUCAGGAUUGAAGCCUCAUCUCAAAACCAACCUCUUCAACAAUCCAUCCAGUACCAGAUCUCAUAAAAGUAGAUCAAAAUCUGAAGAUGUUGCUUUUGUUGCACCACUGAAUCUUGGGACGGAAAUCAAUUCAGUAAUCAGUCAGGCCUCUGUCCAUAGGCAAAUGGUUGUGAAAAAGAAUUCUAAUGAGGCUUUAACCUGUGUUGGAAACACCUGUACAGCUAAAAAUGAGGUGAUCAAGAGUGAUGUCCUCCUUGUUUACCAGAAGCAGCUAGAAGGCAGGUGUGCUAAGAGAAAGAAAGCUGAAGAUGAUCAUGCAGUUAGCUGUGAGCAAACAUCAUUCAGCAAAGAGAACUCUGUGCCCUUUCGAUCUGAUGUUCAGCAGGUCAAUGGGGAACAUACAGGGGAUAAGCCCUUGGAUCUGUCUGAUCGCUUCUCUGGAGUUCGUGCUCAAGAGAAAAAACAAGGAAGUGAGGAGACAUAUAAAAACAGACUGAAGCAAGUGACUCUGCAUGACAUUUUUUCACACAUAGGGAAAACCAUUCCUGAAGGUUCAGCAUCCGUUCAAAAUGCCAACAAUGAGAGCUGUUUGUUGGGCAGAGAUUUACAAGAGGAAUCCUGUGUACAAGAGGCAGUGCUGGGAAGAGCAUUCCCUGACAGGAAAAACCAGAUCCCAACGAAAGAAGAAGUUCCUCCCUUCAAAUUUGCACCACUGCCGAGUUCUGCAGAGACAGAGGAACUUUUUGAUGAUGUAAAGGUUGCCAGUGGCCAUGUACCGAAUAGAAAGAAAACAAGGACAGGACAUGGAGAGUCUGAACCAGCAUCUGUACUUCAGCCAAACCCUUGUAGACUAUCAAAAAGUAAAGCACAGCAAAAUGAGCAAGACCUGAAAGAUAAACCUUCUAUAGAUAACUUCCAGUGGAGCAUAGACCCAGGAGCUGACCUUUCACAGUACAAAAUGGACAUUACUGUGAUUGAUACAAAGGGUGGUUCUCAUACCAGAGUUGGAGGGGAAGUUGUUGAUAUGGAUUAUACUUAUGUUAGUGACAGUGUGCUAUUAGAAAUGAAAAAUCAACAGCAAAAUCAGGAAAGCAGUCCACGAGGAGAAAUAACAGAUAUGUUUGAUCGAACAAGCCAUGAAGAAUAUGAAUCCUGCCUACCAGAAGAUAGUCCUCCUGCAUGUGAUGAAAGAGAAACUCUUCAUGGUGAAGAGCAGGAUAAGGGAUUAACAGCAGCAAGCAAGAAACUAAAGAAAUAUGAGGAUAAACAAGAUAAAGCCAAGCAGAAAGCUUUUGUGGAGCCUUAUUUCAAAAGUGAUGAGAGAAAGAGUACUGUGUUAGAUUUUCCUCAUAUUGAGGUUAUUCGGAAAAAAGAAGAAAGAAGAAAAUUACUUGGCCACACUUGUAAGGAAUGUGAAAUAUAUUAUGCAGACAUUCCAGAAGAAGAGAGAGAGAAGAAACUAGCUUCCUGUUCAAGACAUAGAUUUCGCUACAUUCCUCCAAAUACUCCUGAAAAUUUCUGGGAGGUUGGAUUUCCUUCCACCCAAACCUGUGUGGAAAGAGGGAGCCUUGAUUUUUAUGGACCGUAUAACUUGUUACUACCCAUUUGGAAUCUGCUUGCAGCCUCAUUAAAAAUUAGCUUCUUGGCUGUCUCCUUGUUCUUCUGGAGUAAGUAAGAGCUGUUCAGUUGUUAAUGGUUCUCAACAGCAUAUCAGAGGCAGACUUUAGAUCAACCCUCCCUUGGAAAAGGGAAUAUUUUGUAGCAGUGCAGCAAGAGAACUAAAACACAAGAGAGCUCCCAUGAUGAGCAAUUGCUCUUGCCACUCCAGUGUAGCGGGGUACAACAUAUGUAUUUUCUACUCCUUAUUGGUAUCUUGAACCAUCAGUUUGUGUUGUUUUGGUUUCUUUGGUUUUUUUGGUUUUUUUUUUGAUAACUGAGUUACAUUGAAUUUUCCAACUAUGGAGAAUUUUCCAACUAUGAAGUAGAAAUCUACUACUCUCAUUUCGGUGGAUGUUGUUGCUGAUCAACAGUAAGGAAUUGACAAAAGCCAGGUGCUGAAACUGACUUACAUAAAAUGUCUGUUCACUGUCAGUGUUAGCUAAGUUGAGCAUGUUAUAGAAAUUUUCUAUCCACUUCUCUUAUCAGAGGGCUUUCAAGGUGUGUUUGAUCCAUAGGCUCAUGUUCAGCUUUUUCCAGUCUUUAUAAAUCUGGGUGCUCUUAAAACAGAGGGAGGUACUGUUUAUACCUACAAAACACAUGUGCCUGAAGUUUCCUCUGUAUUACUAGGAUUUACAUUUUCGAAAGUG